CGCGCUGGGCUGGCGAGAACACGGAAGUCUCAAGCGAGUAAGCGCCGGCCGCGUAACUAAGAUGGCGGCCUCCGUGAGGCGCUGCGCCGUGGCCUGGCUGGUCCCCGCCGCGGGGCUGCUGGCGCUGCUGGCCGGCCCGGGGGCGCUGGGGAAGCGGAGUGAAGUGACGGUGCUGACGGACGGGACGUGGCGGCAGCUGCUGCAGGGCGAGUGGAUGAUUGAAUUUUAUGCUCCCUGGUGUCCUGCCUGUCAGAACCUGCAGCCUGAAUGGGAAAAGUUUGCUGAAUGGGGGGAAGAUCUUGAAAUUAACAUUGCAAAAGUGGAUGUCACAGAACAGCCAGGUCUGAGUGGGCGAUUUGUCAUAACAGCACUUCCCACUAUCUAUCAUUGUAAAGAUGGAGAGUUUAGGAGGUACCAGGGCCAAAGAACUAAAAACGACUUCAUAAGUUUCAUCAGUGACCAAGAAUGGAAGUCUGUUGAACCAGUUUCUUCUUGGUUUGGUCCUUGCUCUGUCCUGAUGAGCAGUAUGUCUGCUUUGUUUCAGUUGUCCAUGUGGAUCAGGAAUUGCCACAACUAUUUUACAGAAAAUGUUGGUAUGCCAGUUUGGGGAUCAUAUGCUAUUUUUGCAUUGGCAACUCUGUUUUCAGGACUGAUACUUGGACUUAUCAUGGUAUUUUUAGCAGACUGUCUCUGUCCAUCCAAAAGGCACAGACCGCAGCAGCACCACUAUCAAAAAAAAUUAGCACCAGAAUCAGCCCGGCUCUUGAAAAAACUGGAUGAAGAACAAGAAGCAGAUGAGGAGGAUCUUUCAGAUGAUGAAGCAGAGGAUAAAGAGUUAGCAGACAGAAACUCUUCAACAAAUGCUGUAAGACAGCGUCCUGUGAACCUUGCUGCUGCCACAGAUAAAUCAUAGUUCCAUGUACUUGAGGGUUUCUUGAGAAACAAAAAGGGUGGAAUGUACCAGAACCUUCUGCUUGAAGAGAGGUGGAACUCGUAUCACUGUAGUGUUCGCUCAUCACUUUCAGAGAAAGCUACCUUUUAAAAAAGUCUCUGUGGCAUCAGGUAUUCAAAGCUGAAACUUGAUAUUGCAAAUGGCGAAACCCAAUACCAUAAGUGUGUGGAUUGGUGCUAAGAAAUAAUUUGUAUGGCUUUCUGAAUGACUCAUUCUGUGGUUAAGUUGUACAAAAUGCAAAACUGGUGUAUUUGUAGUAUUAGAAAAUAUUAGCAAGGCAAAUGCACUAACCUGUUUGUCUGCUAGAGGAUCUGAAAAGAUUUCUCAUUGUAAAUCUUUCCAGUUUCACUCUGAAGAAAUGCUGGAAAAAAUUCCUCAAGUUAUGGGACCUUAGCCCAGUUUUUGUGGUAAAAAUGUUCACUGUUCUGUUAGGUAUGACA